AUGACGGAGGAGAACCGAGGGUUGAUGGGCAAGAACACAUUUUUGAGUAAUGACAUGGUUUGUAAGUCAUCUAAUGGGACUGCAAUCUCCAAAACACCGAUGAUAGUAACAGAUAACACUGAGCUGUUGAAGUAUUGUGCAGUAGGACUCACUGGUUCUGACACUUCUUCUUCCUCAAACUCCAUUUCUGAAGUUGGUGUUCCUGAG